AUGGAUCAUAUCAAUGGAAAAAUUGGACAUAAGUACAAUCACCAUGAUGUGCAAAAUGAACUCUGGAAUUUGAUGGCUUCUCAAGUAUUGCGGAAAAAGUUAGAUACCGUUCGAGAGCGCAGGUUUUAUUCUAUGAUGGCAGAUGAAGGCACUGAUGCAAGUAAUGCCGAACAACUUUCGUUUUGUGUACGAUCAGCGAAUGACGAUUUAAAUGUGAAUGAAGAUUUCUUGGGCUUUUAUAAAGUUGACAAUACUCGAAGCGCAACUAUCGUCAAGGCCAUCAAAGAUAUUUUGCUGAGGUGCUCAUUGAACCUAUCUGAUUGUCGAGGCCAAACCUAUGACGGGGCAAGCAACAUGAUGGGAAAACGUUCAGGUGUUUCUGCCAUUAUCAAAGAGGAGCAGCCAAAAGCCAUCGCGACCCAUUGCCAAGGACAUUCCUUAAGCCUUGCUGUCAAAUCGAUGACUAAAGAGUGUCAGAUCCUCCGAGAUACAAUGGGAACUGCCGGUGAAAUUUGUGUUUUAGUGAAGUAUUCACCGAAACGGGAGAACAUGCUGGGUAAGCUGACUGCAAAUGUUGAAGGAACCCUAGAAACUGAUAAACAUGCAGGAAAGCUGGAUAAGCUGAGUACAACAAGGUGGACAAUUCGGGCGAACUGUUUCAAGAAGAUCAUCGAAAACUACGAACCACUGAUGGCGUUGUGGAACGAGAGUUUAAAUGAGAAGCUAGACGCUAAAACGGAGUCGAGGAUUAAUGGGUGUAAAAAGCAGAUGGAGUCAUUUUCAUUCUAUUUUGGUCUGAAUCUAGGACGCAAGCUUUAUGCUCACACAGAUAAUCUGUCCAUAACACUUCAGAAAGAAAAAAUGUCAGCAAUCAGCGGUAAAGAAUUGGCUGAACUUACGAACAAGACGAUGCAAGGCAUGAGAAACGAGAGAGACUUUGAUAUAUUCUACGAGACAGUCACCAAGUCAGCAAGUUCGAUGGAUUUCGUUUCUUCGCCAACAGCGCCAAGAAAACGCAAAAGACCAAAGUACGACAUCUUGGAAUUUGUGGAAGGAAAUCCAAGCAGCAUUGGAGAAGCCUACUAUCCAGAAACUGCUCAUGCCCACUAUAAGGCCAUCUAUUUCGAAGCAAUUGACGUAAUUGUCAGCACCAUCAAAGAGAGGUUUGAGCAACCUGCCUUCUAA